AUGUCUCAACCACGGCCCAAGAAACCGCAGUCGUUUAGUGGAAUCAAUCAUCUCAAACUGCCCUGUAAUGACAUCCUCGAAACUGGAAAAUUCUAUGAAACUAUUUUCCCCAUGACUCGCAUCCUGAAAUACAACCACUACACCCCAGAUCACAAGCUCUUUGCAAUUAUGCUCACGCACGAGCCCACCAAGCUAAUAAUCGAGCUACGCUACGUCCCCGAGCAAGCUGAAGCGCGGAAGGGCUGGGAUCCUAUCACAUGGGGCGUGGGUACCCUCGUAGACCUAGGGGAGUGGGGAGCGUGGCUGGAUGCGCAUGGAGUGAGAAGGAGUAAGAUCUUCACAGGGAUCAAGGGUUGGGUCAUGGCUUGUGAGGACCCCGACGGAAGGAUUGUAAGAUUGUAUGUAGAGGAUGAAGAUCAUGAGUGGACGGAUCAUCCUGAUCAGGAUGAAUACUGGCUUGGAACUAUUGCGGGGAAUCCAACGGCCCAGGAGUAA